AUGGUUCCUCCCAACGAAUUGCUGUGUUUACAGCGAGGUUCCAAAAGAGCAACAGCGUCAGUAUUUUGGGAAAUUGUUUCUGACCCUCUCUCUGCAGGUGAUUGUAGAUUGACAAAGGAUGAAGAGGACGGCUUCGAUGAUGGGGAUGGGGGUGCUAAGAAAGCCCCUAGGAUGUCAUACCGGGCGAGUAGGCAGAGCCCCAGCUACUCGAUUGAGACAGAUCCUUCGGAGGAUCCCACGGAGGACAGUUAUGAUACGGACCCGUCGGAGGACCCAGCUACUAUUCCUCCAGAGUUUCUGGCCCCUGGAGCAGAGGAUUCCGCGGAGGGUGGCUAUGAUACCGAUCUCUCGGAGGAUCCGGCGAUGACCCCUCCAGAGUUUCUUACCUCCGCGGAGGAGGAUAGUUAUGAGACGGACCCAUCGGAGCAUUCCUCUGGGACGACGGAGGAGGAGAUUUUUAAGUAUGCGCCAGCUGCUCCUGUGAGGGAGAACCCUGAUAGCCCGGCCACCUCGGAGAGUGCUAUGGAUUUUUCCGGUUCUUUAUCCCCAGUGAGCCGGGAUUUGUCUGAUCAUCCAUACCCCUCCGAUUCAGAUGCGAGUGAUAGCGGAGGCCAGGUAGGUAGGGAGCAGACAGACGAGGAUGAUGGUGGACACACCUCUUACGGCAGCUCCCCAGGUGCUCUUCAUGGUGAUAUAAAGAUCUUGGCAAGAAGGUGGUUGUGGUUGCAAGGAGAAAUUAUUGGAAAAG